AUGAGUUCAACAAUACGCAAAAAGGGAAUCCUAAUUUACUACUUGACAAUGUAUCCUGUGAGAUUUGAGGGUAGGCCGGAGGGAGAUGAGGAUAAGUGCAGACGAACCCGGCGUACGCAACGUGCCCUGAAUCUUGAUGCAAAUGUAUGGCCCGCCAAUUGGGGCACCAGUAGUGGUUUGAAUAUUAGAGGCCCAGAAGUUAGUGGUCUCGUGAAGGAGUUCCCUUAA